AUGCUAGUUUUUGUUCAAACUGUAUAUGGUGCUACGGUAACGGCUACUCCUAAUAGUAUUGCGAAAGCUGAAAGUGAUCCAGUUUGUGAUCCUUAUACAAUGAAAUCAGAUUCGUAUCCAUCAAUUCUCAUAAAAUUAGAUGUCGUGCUGACAAACCCUCUCACUCUGCGUGCAACGACACGUCUCCUGAACAGCAGUCAAGUUAUAACAUUCGAAGGUGUCAUGUUUCCACCGGGCUUUAGCGAUGAUCAUGCUUUAGUUGCCUGUCGAUCAAUGGGUUGUAGUAAAGUGAGUGCAAAUGCUCAAGUAUCUUGGACUCAAACGCAGACGUGUCGAUUUACCUGUCCAAAUGGUACAAGUGGAUUGCAACUGUGUCGUUAUAUGCAAUCGUAUUUGACAUGUCCUUCGAAUCCAAAUAAUGCUAUGAGUUUGAAGGAAUGCGUUGCAAAGCCAUUUUGGGAUUAUUAUAGCAGCGAUCCUUCGAGUUGGGGUGCUGUUGGUCUUGUCUGUACCGAAUGUGGUGACUUGUGA